AUGACCCUAGUUGCUGUAGGGGCAUGUUACCUUGACACAAUUUUAGCAACUCCUUAUUACCCAAGUGAAGAUGAGAAACUUCGUGCAUCCAAGGUCAGUCGCCGGCGCGGCGGAAACUGCCCAAACACUCUUGAAGUACUGGGCCAACUGCUGCAACAUGGGCCUUCGAGGGACAAGUAUUCACUGAAUCUUCUGAGUGUUCUUCCCUCAAGGUCAUCGGUAGCAUUUCAGCAGAUCAAAUUAAGUCUAGGAAACAAUGUCCGGCUAGAUGACUGCAUUUACCGAGAACAAUUCAGUGAACCAGCCUCUAGUUACAUUAUUGCGAGCCAAGCCACCAGUAGCAGGACGAUUGUCAAUUAUAAUGAGCUACCCGAAAUGACUCAAGGGGAAUUUGCGAUUGCCGUUGAGCCCCUACGUACUACGAAUGAUCGACUCUGGUUCCAUUUUGAAGGUCGCUCACCAGAUGUGACAUUCGAUUGUAUUGAUUAUAUUCGUUUGCAUUUCCCAGGGGCUAAGGUCAGCGUCGAGGUAGAAAAGCCAGGCAGAGCAGGCUUGCAGGAGCUUGCAAAUUUAGCAGACGUUGUUAUGUACUCGAAAGGCUGGGCUCAGAGCAGUGGAUAUGGAUCCGCGGAAGAUUGUUUGCGAGAUCAAUCGCCGAAGACAAGCCAAGCGUCCUUGUUAUGCUGUACAUGGGGCCAUGAAGGGGCCGCGGCUCUUGAACCACGGACUGGCAACUUUGCUCAUGUCCCGGCGCACGUUGAAGGGCCAGGGGCCAUCGACACCAUCGGUGCGGGAGACACCUUUAAUGCCGGUCUACUUUACGGUCUCAUCUAUCGAUCCCAGGACUGGGAUUUCCACAAGAGAUUGGACUUUGCCAUUCUUAUUGCCGGCUUGAAAGUCACCCAAGAAGGAUUUUCGAAUUUACACAGAGCGCUGGAUGUUUUCUCAUACUGA